CUCUGCUACGACGUGCGAAAACUAGACAUGUUCUGAGCUAGAGCGGAGUAGACGGAAGAAAGGACCAAGACGUCAAUCCACAUGCUCGACUGCCAAGUGUAGAUGCGUACAAGUUGAAGCAGUCGCUUGUUCCGCGCCACUGGCAUCCGCUUUGGAACCCCCGACUCGCUCACCCGUCAGUCCACGGACCCGACCUUGAGCUCCUUUGACAUCACCCCAAAGACACGAUCAAUUGAAUAGCGACCGACGCACAGCAGCGGCAGCUCACCAUGUCGUCGUCAGGUAGCGGCCUGUUCAACCGCGGAGGAGGAAGCGGCAACCAAAACACAAUGCGCGGUCUGGUGUCGUUCAUUGCCGACCUGAGAAACGCCCGUGCCAGAGAGCUCGAGGAGAAGCGCAUCAACAAGGAGUUGGCCAACAUCCGUUCAAAGUUCAAGCAGGGUGGCUUGAGUGGCUACGACAAGAAGAAGUAUGUCUGCAAACUGCUGUACAUCUACAUCCUUGGCUGGAACGUCGACUUUGGCCAUCUCGAGGCUGUCAACCUGGUCUCGGCUACAAAGUACUCGGAGAAGCAGAUUGGUUAUUUGGCUGUUACGCUGUUCUUGCAUGAGGAACACGAGCUUCUGCAUCUGGUGGUCAACAGCAUUCGCAAAGACUUGGCCGACAUCAAUGAGCUGAACAACUGUUUGGCGCUGCACGCCAUUGCCAACGUUGGAGGAAAGGAGAUGGGUGAAGCUCUGGCCUUUGAUGUCCACAGACUGCUCAUCUCUCCCACAUCCAAACCAUUCGUCAAGAAGAAGGCCGCCCUCACCCUCCUGCGUCUCUACCGAAAAGCUCCCAGCAUUGUCCAGGCCGAAUGGGCAGAACGCAUCAUCUCCAUCAUGGACGAUACGGAUAUGGGUGUUGCUCUCUCCGUCACCUCACUCGUCAUGAAGCUUGCUCAAGAUGACCCCGAUCGAUACAAAGGCAGUUAUGUCAAGGCUGCCCAACGUCUGCAAAAGGUCGUUGUCGAGCAUGAAUGCGCCGGCGACUAUUAUUACUACAAAGUUCCUUGUCCAUGGAUCCAGGUCAAGCUGCUGCGUUUGAUGCAAUACUUCCCUCCCUCGGACGACUCACACGUACGCGCCUUGAUUCGUGAGUCGCUGCAAAAGAUCAUGGACAAUGCGAUGGAGGCCCCAAAGAACGUGCAACAAAACAACGCUCAGAAUGCCGUUCUCUUCGAAGCCAUCAACCUCACAAUCCACCUCGAUACCGAGCAAGAAUUGAUGAUGCAAAUCUCCUCGAGAUUGGGCAAGUUCAUCCAGUCUAGAGAGACUAACGUUCGCUAUCUUGGUUUGGAAGCCAUGACACAUCUGGCUGCACGAUCCGAAAAUCUCGACCCUAUCAAGAAGCACCAAAGCAUUAUUGUCGGCUCUCUGCGCGAUCGCGAUAUCAGUGUGAGAAGGCAAGGUCUCGAUCUGCUAUACAGCAUGUGCGACACGACAAAUGCUAAGCCCAUUGUCGGUGAGCUAUUGAAGUAUCUCCAGACUGCUGACUAUGCCAUUCGUGAGGAGAUGGUUCUCAAGAUUGCCAUUCUGACCGAGAAGUACGCUACCGACAUCCAGUGGUAUGUGGACAUCUCACUCAGACUCAUCGCCAUGGCUGGUGAUCAUGUCAGCGACGAGGUCUGGCAAAGAAUAAUCAUGAUUGUUACCAACAACGAUGAACUGCAAAUAUACGCCGCAUCCAACAUUCUGGAAUAUCUCCGAGCUGAACAAUGUCAUGAGAUGCUUGUCAAGAUUGGAAGCUAUCUCCUUGGAGAAUUUGGCCACCUGAUCGCCGAUAGCCCCAAAUGCAGUCCUAUUGAGCAGUUUAUGGCUUUGCAAUCAAAGUUCAAUGGCAGCUCACCAAGCACUCGCGCCAUGAUGCUUUCUGCCUUUAUCAAAUUCGUCAACCUGUUCCCUGAAAUCAAGCCGCAGCUCUUGCAGGCUUUCAAGACAUACAGCCAUACCUUGGAUUCUGAACUUCAGCAGCGUGCAUGCGAGUACCUGACUCUGGCAACGAUGCCGACAGAUGAUCUGCUGCGAACGGUUAUGGAUGAAAUGCCACCCUUCCCGGAACGUGCUUCUGCUUUGCUGUCUAGACUACAUUCUAGACAACACAACACAACGGAUAAGCGUACUUGGGUAGCAGGCGGCAAGGAUGCAAACAAGGACAUCACCGAGCGGAACAACACUCUGAAGCGUACCUUCAGUGCUGGCAACCAACUUGACACGACAUCUGCAGCGCAGUCACCCACCAAAGCAAAUGGCUCAAGAACACCAGCAGACGAACUAGCCGGUCUAGACUGGGGCACAGAAGGAAAAACGCCAAAUUUCGCCAGCGCGGACCACCUGUCACCAGGCUGGGAGCGCGGUCACGCUCGUAUGCUCAUGGUACCCGAAGGUAUCCUGUACGAAGACGGCCAGAUACAAGUCGGAGUACGCUCAGAAUACCGCGGCGAACUCGGCUGCAUAAUCAUGUACUUUACCAACAAGUCCUCCUUCGCCAUCAACUCCUUCACCACCACCCUCAACAACCCAUCGCCCGACCAAAUCAAAAUCGACGUCAAAUCCCUGCCCGAGACGACCGUCCAACCCUCCACACAGACACAAGCCAUGAUAAUGCUGGAAGCGAAAUCAGUCUUCACCCAAGCCCCCACCAUCCGCAUCUCCUGGCUCGCAGGCGCCCUUCAAGCCCUAACCCUCAAACUACCUCUUGCAGUGCACAAAUACCUCGAGCCCGCCUCGUUGACCGCCGACGAUUUCUUCAAGCGCUGGAAACAAAUCGGUGGACCCGGACCUCGCGAAGCCCAACGCAUCUUUUCCGGCAAAGACGUCGCUCCCGUCCCCACUCGCCGUAUCCUCGAAGGCUUCAAAUGGGGUGUCUUGGACGACGUGGAUCCCAAUGUCAAGAAUUUCGUUUGUGCCAGUGUAUUGCAUACUAGUCAGGCUGGCAAGAUUGGGUGUCUUGUUAGAUUAGAACCUAAUGCUGGAAAUGGGAUGUAUCGACUUACUAUUCGGGCUACGGAUGAGAGUGUUCCUCAGGUUUUGAUGGAAGCUAUGGAGAAGAGAUUGGCUUUGGGAGAGGCGCCCUUUUAUCCACCGUAGUUUUUUUUUCUUCUUUUUUUUUGGGAUAAAGGAGAUGAGAUUUUUUGUUUGAGAUGGAAAAAAGACAAGAACAGCUGUGGGGGAUAAAUGAAUUUCUCCUUUGCUUGUUUUUGCUACAAUGAUACAUAUUCGAUGGAUGAAUGGC